CUACAAGUCUUCAUUAUUUCUCUCAUUGCAGGCUCCCAAAAUAUAUCUACUGGCCGUCCCACAUUGUCACAAGCAUUGCAGCCACUUUAUUCUAACGAACACAGCAAUGAUAAGACUAUCUUCUUACAGCUUCAGAUCCACAGCUUCAAAGUGGCUGAUCGUAUCCACCAUAGCCCUUGCCGUACUGCUUUCUGUGGUAUCUGCCUCGGAAUCUAAUAACCAUCGACUUUAUGGUACUUUUUUUACGCACUAUCGAAUGGACGCGAAGUAAUGUCCCUACUGAGAGAGCGCAAGUACUCAUGUACUCCUCUUUAUCAACCCUCGCUAUAUUUUCCCUUACUCCAGUCCGACAACAGCAGAAUCCAUCCUCCACAGGAACCCCACCUUCAGCACUCAUAGAUUCAAAUAGAGGGGGAGGAGAAAGAAGAGGUCUUGGCGGUAAUGGCGACGGUUCUGCACCGCAAUUGGAAACUUUGUCAGUACCUUCUCAGCCAUCGUCACCUUCGCAGCAACCCGAUAGCAGUGGUGGAACUAUGGUCGGACCUGGAGGGGCCAUUAUCUCGCCGCCGCGAUCGCCCGGAACAAUCAGCUCUACGCUGCCACCCAUCGGCGGAACUGUGAUAGGAACAGGCGGCGGCACUGUGAUUGGUGGUAGUUCCGUGAUAGACCCUCGCCGCCCUGUCAGUCGCCUGUCCAUGGUUCAGCCCAAACAAAACACGGCUAAUCCACCGCUGUUUCCCGUGGGGUCUAACAUUAUCUUUGAGUGGGCGUUCGACAAUACGACUCUGGUAUUUCCGCCGACAAACUUGACCAUCGAGAUCAGUUUGUCGGGGACCACAAAGAUGGUAUGGCCCGUGGCUAAUGUCUCUGGAUUGACGACCUCUGUGGUCUGGAACACAGCCACAGUGACGAGCCCGGCCCUAUUCAUGGGAUUUUACACUUUGAAUGUAUAUGACACCAAUAUCGGGAAGCAAGGAAUAGCGACCAGCGGGCACCUGAUGCCAUUUUCUGACCUGCAGUUUGGUCUUUACAUCCCUGAGCCAUAUAUUCCAAGGACAGGGGCAUUCUGUCAGACUUGCAGCUCGGGUUCGCAAGUGGUGCUUGCCGGUGGCCUAUUCCAAUGGGUGGCGAUAGCAUUUGCUUUUUUUGCUGCGACAUGGAGUCCGUUCCAGUAAUUGGUCCAUCGAUCAACUCAAGUUGCACCCAUUUAUGGUUAUAAAACAUUGGCCCACGCCAUUCGUUGCUCUCAGGAUCUGAAUAUUGGCGUUUUUGGCGUCGAUGAAACUUCAACUGGUACAUCUAUUCGUUUAUUCGUCCAUUCAUGCCAUUCAUCUAUACUUCUAUACACUAAUAAAUUACAGCC